GGCAGGAGAGGGAGGAUUGACCUCUAUAUAUAAGAUGAUGCCCAAGCAUGUGAUUGCACUCCAGCCGUUCAUCAUGCGCUGGCUCCUCUGCUCUCUCUUUGUGGCCUGGGCUGCAAGUGAGACUAUAAAUUAUGAGCCCACUCUGAACUUCAGGAAAACAUACGAGUAUAAAUACGAAGGCGUGGUGAAUGUUGGACGUGGUAUCGCAGACCUGGCCGAGGCUGGAGUCAAACUGCAGUGCACUUUCAGAAUCACUGGAGUCUCAUUACAGACUUUUCUCCUUCAGAUCUCCGAUGUGGAAUUUGCAGAGCUGAAUGGAAUUGUGGGAGAAAGCGACUUUCAAGUCUCACCGAGUCUCUCCAAACACCUAACAGCUGAACUCAACAGACCGUUCACGUUUGAAUACUCGAAAGGACAAGUCGUGGACAUUAAGACAGGACCUGAAGUUUCUAACACCAUUGUGAACAUAGUGAGGGGCAUUCUGGAAUUCCUGCAUGUCACAGUAAAAACCACUCAGCGAGUUUAUGAGCUUAAUGAGUUGGGGAUUCAUGGAGUGUGCCACAGUGCGUAUGCUGUUGAAGAGAACACCGCAGACAAAGAGUUAUAUGUGACCCAAGUGGUCGACAUCAGCAAUUGCAUCCAAAAAGCUGCAGUGUACAGUGGGAUGACGUUGGCUGAGGAAAGUAAAAACAGCAAACAGAGAGGUGAAAAUGUCAUUGCCACAGUGAAGUAUGCAUAUACAGUCAAUUCUACAGACACUGGGGGUGUAAUUACGAAAGCCUCUGCUGAAGAAAGGCACCACUUUUCUCCAUUUAAUGUAAAGGGAGGUAACACUAAAGUAAAGGCCACACGGAACAUAGUGCUACUGAAAGUGAUGAACACUAUUGGGAAACCUGUGACAGGCCACGUGAAAAGCCGUGGUAAUUUAAUGUAUAAGGUGGAGAAAGGUUUAGGCCCAAUGCCAGUUCUGCUGAUAAAUGUAACCAACCCAGUAUCCAAGAUUUCUGACCUAAUCAAACAUUUGGCUGAAGAUAACAUCUACCAUGUGAACAGUGCCACAAGCUCUAAUAUUCUAGCUCUGAUUCAACUGCUCCGAAAAACAACAUAUGACAACCUGGAGCUGCUGUGGGCACAACUAUCAGGAAAUGCUGAGCACAGGAGGUGGUUCCUGGACACAGUUGUAGAGGUGACAGAUGAGAGGGUCCUCAAGUUCCUAAGGAGCAGAUUCAAAGCUGAAGAUAUCUCUGCAAAUGAAGCUGGACAGGCAAUAUUAUUGGCAUUCAACCAUCUAUCAGCUGAACCUGAAUUAGCUGAAAUGGCAAAGGAGUUCUUGACCAUCCACUUCAGCAAGUCCCAUUUUCUGCUGUGGAACACCGUGGUCUUAUCAUACGGUUCUCUGCUGUACAGAAUGUGUGCUGGUGUGAACUCAUGUCCAGUCUCCACAGUGCAGCCACUGCUUGAUAUGGCCACUAACGGGCUAAAUAAGAACAGUGAAGCAGAGAUGGUGCUCGCUCUGAAGGCUCUGGGAAAUGCAGGUCAUUCUUUGAGCAUUAAGACCAUAUUGAAGUUCCUCCCUGGCUUCUCUGUAAAGGCUGAUAGUCUCUCCACCAGAGUGCAGAGUGAAGCUGUGCAGUCCCUCAGACACCUCGCCGUCAGAGACCCCAACAGCGUGCAGGACAUUGUCCUGACCAUCUUCGCUGACAGGACUCUUCCUGCUGAAAUCCGAAUGAUGGCUUCUACAAUCCUGCUGGAGACAAAGCCUCCUGUAGCUCUGAUCUCAGCAGUGGCAGAGCUGCUUCUGCAGGAGAAAGACCUUCAGGUGGGGAGCUUUAUUUACUCUCAACUCAGAGCCAUCUCACGAUCCCGCACCCCCGACAAUCAGUACUUGUCCACAGCGUGUAACAUCGCAGUGAAAGUACUUGCUCAGAAAUUUGGUCGCCUAAGCUAUCGAUACAGCAAGGCUCUACGCUUGGACUGGUUUCAUGAUGACUUCUUGACUGGCACAUCAAGUGAGCUUCAUUUGUUGAGAAAUGGCACAGGUGCAAUUCCCACACAGAUCAUUUCUAAAGGAAAACUUCACUUCAUUGGAAGGAUACUGCAACUUGUUGAGGUUGGUGUUCAUACUGAGGGUUUGAAAGAGCUGUUUGCUGACAUACCUGGCAGUACCGGACAUUUUGGAAAGGCUGAUUUUACUGCAAUUAUGAGAAAACUCUUAGACUGGAAGUCUCUCCCCCGAAAUAAACCUCUCCUGUCUGCAUAUUUGAGGAUUUUUGGACAAGAAGUCUCCUUUCUGGAUUUGAAUCAAGAUGUAGUUCAACUAAUAAUAAAGUCUUUGACCGCAAGCAAAGAAAACACAAUCUGGAAAAUUAUUCAGAAUCUACAAAAGGGGAUAUCAUGGCGCUGGACAAAGCCUUAUCUUUUGCUGGAAACUCGAUUCAUGCAGCCAACUUGCCUCGGCCUGCCAGUCGAAAUGAGCAAAUACUAUACUGCACUGAAAGCCAUUACUGCAAACGCAAAAGCUGUUAUUAACACACCUCCAAAAGAAAACCUGCGUGAACUGCUACACGCAGAUAUUUCCCUGCAAACUGAUGGAUUUUCUGGAGCAACACAGGACUUUAUUGUAUUUAACGGGAUAAACACAGACCUGUUUCAGUGCGGCCUCCAGCUGAACAGUAGGACCGUCACAGCUUUACCUUGGAAGAUUGAGUUGAAAAAGAAAGCCAAAGAAUGGAAUUUUGAAGUGAACCUCGAUCCGUGCAAAAACGCCACAGAGCUUUUAUCAGUUAAUUCCAACAUAUAUGCUGUGUCAAGAAAUAUUGAAGAACCAUCGUCAGCCAAAAUGACUCCCAUGAUGCCAGAGAACACAAAUACAAAGCAGAGUUUCCCAAAAUAUGAGAAAGUACCAGAUCGAUUCAUGUUUUCUCAGGUUGAAGACUCAGAGAUCAUUCACCCAAAACUCCAGUUCUGCUCUGAAUCCAUUGUUUUUGGAACUGCAUUCUGCACUCGAGCUGAAGCUAAACGAGCACAUUACCUUCAAGAAUAUCCUCUGUAUUACUUCUUGGGAUUUACAGAGGUUUCCUUUCACCUAGAGCCAGUCAUGUCAAUUAACGCCAUUGAAAAGAUUCAAGUCCAGAUCAGAGUUGGCAGGAAUAAACUCAAACCAAAGCAGAGUCAGAUGAUCACUCCUACACUAACUGAGGGUAUGAUUGCUGCUCCUGAUCCUGUGAUCUCUGUAAAAUUACUGGCCAUCAGUCCUAAUGAGAAGCUGCUGGGCUAUGAGGUCGCUGCCUAUUACACUCUGGCCAGGCAGAGGAAUGACAUGGAACUGAUCAUUUCUGAGGUGGCUGAGGAGGGAAACUGGAAAAUAUGUGCUGAUCUGAGUGUUGAUAGGACUCAAGAGGAAGCCAAGGGCCACUUCAAAUGGGGGGCGGAGUGUCAGUCUUAUGAAAUAGGACUGAAUAUUUCUGGAGCUGGUUUAACUGACACAAAGCCUUCUAUCAACGCAGGAGUGAACUGGAGAGAGGUCCCCUCAUUUAUACAAGUAAUUGGUAAAAGGAUGCGGGAAUACUUCCCAGGUGUUUCCUAUGUUAUGGGCUUCUCCCAGAAGCAUGAGAAAAACACUGAUCAUGAGGUUUCAGUCGAUUUUGUGGCCUCGUCUCAGGAGGGGUUUGAUGUUAAAGUAAAAACUCCAAAGCUGACUGUGUAUCGGCAAGGAAUCCCCUCUCCAUUCGAACUGGUGGUAGAUGAAAGUGACGACAGUGACGACUAAAUAAAAUAAUUAAUAAAUGAAUAAAUAUAGUCAAUCUCUAUUAUAUUAGGUUUGCAGUAUAGCUUGAGCAUGACACUGUAACUGAGUGACUGGUAUCAGUGUUCAGUGUUCCUCUGGUGCAUUUCAUUUCCAAUCUAGGAAUGUAAUGCUGCCCAAACUGUAAUUAAAAAAUGUUUUCAAAUAAAUGGUUUGUCAGUUUA